CUUAGCUAACUACACAGCUAUAAGCUAGCUGCAGCUUUAGCUUAGCUAACCGCACAGCUACAAGCUAGCGGCAACUUUAGCUUGGCUAACCGCACAGCUACAAGCUAGCUGCAGCGUUAGCUUAGCUCACCACCCAGCUGUUGACAGGCGGCCCCGACUCCAUCCAUUCCUGCAAGAGGAGGAGGAGGAAGAGGGGGGUAACGGAACCGGACCCGAGAGGAGCAAAUGAACGAGCUGGUGAGGAAUUUGCCCUCCCCGACUCUACCGGGGCUCCAGCUGCCGUGUUUGAACACCGGUAACUACAAAGGCUGGCUCUAUAAAUGGACCAACUACCUGAAGGGUUACCAGCGGCGCUGGUUCGUCCUCAGUAACGGCCUGCUGUCCUACUACAGGACUCAGGCGGAGAUGGCUCACACCUGCCGGGGCACCAUUCCCUUGGCAACGGCACACAUCGAGGUAGGGGACACCUGUCACCUGGUGUUAACCAGCGGAGGCCGAAGCUACCACCUGAAGGCCACCUCUGAGGGAGAGUGUCAGCGAUGGGUCUCUGCCCUGCAGCAAGCCCGGGCCAAUUCCACUCUGCUGAUGCACCACUCAGACGACUCGGGAGAUGAAGGGCCCAUACCUCAGGAGGACCGAGCCCUGACCCAAGGGGUGCUCAAGACUCUGGCCAGCAAGCUAGACGACCUGAGCACCUGCAAUGAGCUGAUAGGAAAGCACGGCGCCGCCCUCCAGCGCUCCCUCAGCGAACUCGAGGAACUGCGCGGAUCCGCCGACGGCACAGACCGAGUGAAAGCUGUUAAUGAGCGAGCCACCCUCUUCCGAAUCACCUCCAAUGCUAUGAUCAAUGCUUGUCGUGACUUUCUCGAUGUAGCAGAAUCUCACGGCCGAAGGUGGCAAAAGACCCUGCAGUAUGAGAGGGAGCAGCGUCACCAUCUGGAGGAGACCAUCGAGCAGUUGGCCAAACAGCACAACAACUUAGAGCGAGCGUGGAGGGAGAACCCCACUUCAUACACAGAAGUGGAGCGGUCUCAGGAGGGGGAUGCGAGUGAUGAGAAUGACGAGGCAGAGUUCUUUGAUGCGAUGGAGGACUCUCCUGCAUUCAUAACUGUGACUGCUAGCGGCGCCAUACAGCACAAGCGCUCGGGGAGUAAUCAGAGUAUGACGAGCGCAGGAAUGUCCAAUGACUGGACUCACAAUGAGAAUGACACCUCGGGCACAAACCACAUGCAGCUACGGAGAACACGGCGCAGCCGUAUUCCCGACAAGCCGAAUUACUCUCUGAACCUGUGGAGCAUCAUGAAGAACUGCAUUGGCAAAGACCUGUCCAAGAUACCCAUGCCGGUGAACUUCAACGAGCCGCUGUCGAUGCUGCAGCGCCUGACGGAGGAUCUGGAGUACAGCGAGCUUCUGGACCGGGCGUCUCGCUGUCACUCCUCCCUGGAGCAAAUGUGUCUGGUGGCGGCCUUCUCCGUCUCCUCCUACUCCACCACGGUCCACCGCACGGCCAAGCCCUUCAAUCCGCUGCUGGGGGAGACUUACGAGCUGGACCGGCUGGAGGAGUACGGCUAUCGCUCCAUCUCUGAGCAGGUCAGUCACCACCCACCAGCUGCGGCCCACCAUGUGACCUCACAGCGAGGUUGGACCCUGUGGCAGCACAUCACUAUCGACAGCAAGUUUAGAGGAAAAUAUAUCUCUGUCGUGCCAUUAGGAAACAUUCACCUGGUGUUCCACUCGAGCGGAAACCACUACGUGUGGAGCAAAGUCACUUCAACGGUGCACAACAUUAUCGUGGGGAAACUGUGGAUUGAUCAGUCUGGGGAUAUUGACAUCGUCAACAACACUACCAAGGACACCUGCCGUCUCAAAUUCUGCCCCUACAGCUACUUCUCCAGAGACGUCCCCCGUAAAGUGACCGGAGUGAUCGAGGACAGAGACGGCACAGCCCAUUACAUUCUGUCGGGGACCUGGGAUGACAAGAUGGAGAGCGCCAAGAUAGUGGACAGCAGCCAAGGAUGCGGAGGCUCCGAAGGCAAACAAAAGACAGUUUAUCAGACUCUUCAGCCCAAACUGUUGUGGAAGAAAUACCCUCUGCCAGAUAAUGCAGAAAACAUGCACUAUUUCUCCUCCUUGGCUCUGACUCUCAACGAGCAGGAGGACGGCAUCGCGCCCACCGACAGCCGCCUGCGGCCCGACCAGCGGCUGAUGGAGGCGGGCGUGUGGGACGAGGCGAACACCCACAAGCAGCGUCUGGAGGAGUGUCAGAGGCUGGAGAGGAAGAAAAGGGAGGCGCAAGCUAGUCAGGCCUUGGAGGAAGGGCAAGACUUGGAGUGUUACCGGCCACUGUGGUUUGAAAAGAGGGCAGAUGACACCACGGGAGAAAGUACAUACGUCUACCGGGGCGGCUACUGGGAGGCCAAAGAAAGACAGGACUGGAGCCAAUGCCCCGAGAUCUUCUAGCAACCUCCCAAUUUCAAACAUUACUCCUAAUGUAAGGAUACUCUGUGCCAUAUAGUGACGAUUGUGUGUUUGUGUGUAACAUAAAACACGCUUUUGCUCCCCCAUAAUGAUCUACUCUCUUCUGCUCUGCUCCAGCUCUAUUCAGAACGCAUGGCCUCAUUUUACGUGUGCGCCGUGUGAACGCUUAUUCAGCACCACCAAAAGACAGAUUCAAGGGAGUACAUUGAGUGUGAGUGUGUGUGUGUGUGUAACCGAAUUAUUGACAUAUGCUUCAUAGAGAAAACUAUUUACUAUUGGGUGUGCACAGGGAUGACUCGGGGGUAAGGAGUGCUGCGGCAGUUCUGGUACAAGCACGGAAUGUUCUCCUCAAAGCGGAGGGAGACACUCGGCUUGAAAGGACUGUAGCAGGACGACGCAUCCUUCUGCUCGUAGGCUUUUUGACAGCAGAACUUUAUUUAUUCAACCCCACCGCCAGAUUUCUGAUUUUUCUUUCUUACUGUUGCCCAAACUGUAUAUCUUGGAGGAGCAAUUGUCCGGUCCGGCAACUGCUGCCUCCACAGGACCUUGAAAUUGUUUGCAUUAAAAACUAGUGUGAAAAUAACUGCUGGAAUCAGAGAAAAGCACUAAUCUCAACUGGAGUUUGGAACAUCAAGCAAGCUUGAAGGGUCUAACUGAGGACAUUAUUGACUUGUAUCAUGGGAAAUCUUUUUGGAGCUUUCCUCACACCAAGGACUAAAAGUGAGGAUGUCUUGACCUCUGCUGUAUCUCUUUUGACCAUUUGUCUUUUAAAUUUGUCCCUCAAGUCCCCACACUCAAUGGAACAGGAGAUCACUGAAGUACAAGUCUCUGAUGUACUCUUAGAAGUUAGUUUGGUGCUCAACCCUAGUUUUGUUCUUAGUUAUGUAAUGAAGCAUUAAAUCCCAAAUCGCAAUCUCUCAGAUUCUGUAUAGAUUAUAGAAAUCUAGCAGUAUUUCAACGAUUUGUAUUCAAACGAUCAGGGCUUAUCAUCUUGGUGAGUAGCAGCGAAGGUGUUUCGCUGUGUCAACAAAUUGCUUUAUUUGGAUAUGUCAGCAAUAAUUAAAUUGCACACAAUGUCACUUGAGAAGAAUAUACUUUUUUCAGUAGAAAAUGUAUGUUUUGGUGACAGAAUUCCAUUAGCAAAAUGAUAACUAUGUUAAAUAAAACAUCUCAUCUUUACACAUCAGUCAAGGACCAGAAAAGUAUUUAAGAAAAGAAGAUCUAUUCUGAUGUGUGUGUACAUUAGUAGUAAAUUGACAUACAAAAACAAAUAUCAACUUACUAUAUAGUUUUCAGCUUAUUGUAGAGCAAGAGCCACAUGUGUAAUUGCCUGGCUGCUAUCGGCCUGUAUAUUGCGAGACUAUGUUAGAAAUAGAAUUGCCUAAUGUAUGAUCAUUGUAUACAAUUAUUGUUUCACAUUACUUGAACAUUCACCUUGUGGGCGGUACUUAAACUAUGUGUUUGUAUAUAAGCUUAAAGCGAGAUUGUAUACCUGUUAUUGAGAUGUUAGGAAUAUGACAUUGAUGAUGCAAAGAAGGUGUUGUUUAAAUAAAGCACAAUGUAAUGUUCUCCUGCAGGUAAUGAUACAUGCUACAUAAUCUUCCAUGGCAUUAUAUAGCUAUGCAUGCUUUCAGAGUGCUUAAGCACAUCUGUAGUGGAAAGCCUCUUCACCCAGCUCCUAGUUUGUGGACACUUUCUGAAACACGAUGUGAACUCACCUUCUGUGCCCAAUGAGCACCUAAAUAUCAUAUUUUUGAGCUCAAAUAAAAACAAAGCUGACA